UUCCGCGUGUAUGAACUCAUAUUUUACUGUUUUCGGAAGGUCUUAAGCUUUCAUUUGCACCCCACGGAUGACCCCUCCAGUAACUUCUAAAACAUUUUUUGUUUUGAGGCCACACCCAGGAGUGCUCGGGGGUUAUUCCCGGCGGGUCUCGGGGAACCUUAUGCGACGCCGCCGAAGAUCGAACCCGCAUGCACGGGAUAAGCCCUAGACGCUGUACUACGGCUCCCCAAGCCAGCCUGUUUAAAUGGUUCCAAUAAAGCGCUGAGAACCGGAGCGAUCCUCUCCAGGGGGGCGUGGGGUUCCCGGGGCUUCCGGGACCGCGCUCUGAGCACUUCCGUGGGCGGCGGCCGCGCGGCCUCGCGCAGUUCCUCCGCCCCUCGGCUUGCUGCGGCCACGUCUCAGCAUGGCGAGCUCUGCGCUGCGGGCCGCGCUGGAGCAGCGCCUCGGCGCCCUGGCCAUCCGCACCGAGGUCGUGGAGCACCCUGAGGUCUUUACAGUUGAAGAAAUGAUGCCUUAUAUCCAGCAUUUGAAAGGAGCACACAGUAAGAACUUAUUUCUUAAAGACAAAAAGAAAAAAGGCUACUGGCUGGUGACAGUUCUUCAUGAUAGACAAAUUAAUUUAAAUGAUCUUGCCAAACAGUUAGGUGUUGGAAGUGGAAAUCUGCGAUUUGCUGAUGAAUCAGCCAUGCUUGAAAAACUCCAAGUUCGACAAGGCUGUGCCACACCCUUGGCACUCUUUUGUGACCAUGGAGAUGUGAAAUUUGUUCUGGAUUCUGCUUUUUUGGAAGGUGGACAUGAAAAGGUAUACUUUCAUCCAAUGACUAAUGAUGCAACUAUGGGAUUGAGCCCUGAAGACUUUCUCACUUUUGUGAAGAAUACAGGACAUGAUCCAAUAAUAAUAAAUUUUGAUAAAAACACCUAAUUUGGGGCUAGAGAAAUGACUCAGUGGUCAAGGGUGCAUGCCUUGCAUGCACAAGCACCUGAGU